AUGUCGGUAAGAAAUUGUACGGCACCCGGUCCUGACAGAAUAAGACCAAAACACCUGAAGAGUCUUCCGCCACUACCCAUCAACACCCUGGCGAGGCUCUUUACACGUUAUCUGUCGGAAUGCAAGGUUCCUAAACAGGGGAAGAACAGCAAGACCGUGUUGUUGUAUAAAAAGGGAGAUCCACAUGACAUCGGCAACUAUCGUCCAAUCUGCCUACUGUCCGUCAUCUACAAGCUCUUUACAAGAAGGAUCCUUAAUAGGAUUGAAAAAGUCUUGGAUGAAGGACAGCCAUGCGAGCAGGCAGAGUUUCGAAAAGGAUUCAGCACGAUUGACCACACUCACACUAUUUCGAAACUCAUUGAGAUAUCACGAGAGUACAAGAUGCCGCUCGUCUCACCUUCAUCGACUUAA